GCCCAAGCCCAAGCACAGUUACUUAGUGACAUUGUUCUUUGCUCUGUAAACCCUUACUCAAUCUCUCUCUGGCUUUUCUUCGAUUCUCUCUGUAAACCCUAGAAAUAUAAUCAACCUCGUUCUGAUCGGAGAUCGGAGGAGAGUAGGAAUUCCGUUUCAAUCAUUGGCUGGUUAACACAAUUACUUCAGAACAAUUUCUUAUACACUGAAUAACCUUGUUUUGGAAUCGUGAUUAUAUCGAAGAAGACGGAAACUCCCCACUCGCAGACGAUCGAACCCUAAGCGUGUCUAUAUAAUCAAAACUCUUUAAGUCCACAUGGCCGACGAUGAUUACAACGAAGUCGAUAUGGGUUACGAGGAUGAGCCCCCAGAACCUGAAAUUGAAGAAGGUGCAGAGGAUGAUGUAGAGAAUGCUACUGAUGACCUUCCUGGGGACGCCAUUGAAACUGAGGAAAAAGAAGAAACAGAAGCUGUCGAACGUCCUCGUAGAACUUCGAAAUUCAUGACGAAGUAUGAACGGGCAAGAAUCUUGGGCACGCGUGCCUUGCAGAUCAGCAUGAAUGCACCAGUGAUGGUUGAGUUGGAAGGUGAAACAGAUCCACUUGAGAUUGCUAUGAAGGAGCUUCGGCAGCGGAAGAUUCCCUUCACCAUUCGCCGUUACCUGCCUGAUGGGAGUUAUGAGGACUGGGGUGUUGAUGAACUGAUUGUGGAGGACUCAUGGAAGAGGCAGGUUGGUGGUGAUUGAAGCUACUCACUUGGUCAUGGAGAUCUGUAUCAUUAGGAAUUUUCUGAAAGUUUUUAUAUGGAUUUGAACAUUUUGGUGCUUAGAAUUUAUCUUUUGUACUUGUCAAAUCUGAUGAUGAAUAUGCUAAUGACUAGGGAAAAAUUAUAUUUAAACAUCAAAAAAAAAAUCAGGCCUCCAUCUUCUACACCUACCGACAAAAUCUAUACAAGAAUACCAUAACAAUUAGAAAAUAUCCAUUAAUUUCAGUGUGAUUGAAAAAAAAAAAAGUGAAAUCGACGUCAAAUAAAUAAUCAUGACAAAAUAAAUGUAAAAUAAUUGUGAAACAACAUUAAAACAAAUCAAACAAAAGAAAGAAAAAUAUGAUUAAAAAAAAUUAAAAAAUAUUUUGCACAGACUCAAUAUUCAAUGCAAUAGCAGUUAUAUUUGUAAGUCUAAUCUUAAAAAAUCAGAAUAAAAAAAUUACUAAAACAACACAAAAACAAAUGUAAAAUAAUAAGCAGACAUAACUACUUAGAAAAGCAAAAAAGAACCACACACCUUAAAACUUUUUUUCUAGUGAGCUCGUCAAAUGUAUUUUUUAGGCGAACCAAAAUAAAAAAAAUAACCACAAAAUAACCAUAGAGAAGGAAGAAGAAAUGUAAUUUAUAGCCUCCAUCUUCCACACUCACGGAUAGAACCAUCACAACACCACGAGAACACUCAGAAAUCAAUCAUUAAUUCCAGUGGGUGUGGUAGUUCUAUCUGUGGGUGUGGAAGAUGGAAGCUAUAAAUUAUAUUUUUUCUUACUUCUCUAUGAUUAUUUUGUGGUUUUUUAUUUUUUUUUUAUUUUUGUUCUCCUAUAAAUACAUUUAACGAGCUCAUUAGAAAAAAAUAAAAAUUGAGGUGUGUGGUUCUUUUAUAUUUUUCUAAGUGGUUAUAUCUGCUUAUUGUUUUACAUUUAUUUUUGUGUUGUUUUAGUAGUUUUUUAAUUCCAAUUUUCUAAGACUGGGUUUGCAAAUAUAACCGCUAUUGCAUCUGGUAUUGAGGCUGUGCAGAAGAUUGUUAGUUUUUAAUCAUUUUUUCCUUUUCUUUUGUUUAAUUUGUUUUAGUGUUGUUUUACAGUUGUUUUGCCUUGAUUAUUUAUUUGACGUCGAUUUCACUGUUUUUUCUCAAUCUCACCGGAAUUAAUGGUUGUUUUCCGAUUGUUCUGGUGCUCCUGUGGUGGUUCUAUCUGUGAGUGUGACAGAUGGAGGCCUCAUUUUUUUUUUUUUUUGGUGUUUACAGUAUAAAAGAAAAGAAAAAAUAGGCCAGGACAGUAUAAAAGUUAUUUAUGCCGUGUAGCAGUAUUUUUGUAAAGAUUGAACCAAAAGUCAGUAUUUUUGUAAGUUUCCUUAAAAAAAACUAACAGUGUGCUUAUUUGGUAAUUAAAAAAAUAUUUUUAUAAUAUUUUUAAUUAAUCAAUUCACUAAAUAUCAAGUUUUAGA